CGCCUUCGUUGCCCUUAGAGUCUGUUUGUUGACUUCCGGGAGCGCGGUAGUGGUCGAUGCCAAGAGGGUCGCGAUGGGGGCCCCGGGGGCUAGGGCAGUACCUUAGGCCCAGUCGAGUCGCUCCUGCUGUCUUUCCGAAGCAGGCACAGAUUCCCUUUACAGUUUUCGGCAUGGCGGAGGCCGAAUCACUGGUGCCGGAUACGGGUGCUGUGUUUACAUUUGGAAAAACUAAAUUUGCUGAAAAUAUUCCUAGCAAAUUCUGGUUUAAAAAUGACAUACCAAUAUGUCUUUCAUGUGGUGAUGAACAUACUGCUAUUGUGACAGGAAAUAAUAAACUUUACAUGUUUGGCAGUAACAACUGGGGUCAGUUAGGAUUAGGAUCAAAGUCCACUAUCAGCAAACCAACAUGUAUCAAAGCUCUUAAGCCUGAGAAAGUGAAGCUUGCUGCCUGUGGGAGGAACCACACCCUAGUUUCAACAGAUAAAGGCGGUGUAUAUGCCGCUGGAGGAAAUAAUGAAGGCCAGUUGGGACUUGGUGACACUGAUGACAGAGACACUUUUCAUCAAAUUGGCUUCUUUACACCUAAAGAUAUCAUUAAACAGCUCUCUGCUGGUGCUAAUACAUCAGCUGCAUUAACUGAAGAUGGAAAACUUUUUAUGUGGGGGGACAAUUCUGAAGGGCAGAUUGGUUUAAAAAAUAAAAGUAAUGUGUGUAUCCCUCAUGAAGUGACCGUUGGGAAGCCGAUCUCAUGGAUCUCUUGUGGCUAUUACCAUUCAGCUUUUGUAACAACGGACGGGGAACUGUACACAUUUGGAGAGCCUGAGAAUGGAAAGUUGGGCCUUCCCAAUCAGCUGCUGAUCAAUCACAGAUCACCCCAGCGUGUGCUGGGGAUUCCUGAGAAGGUGGUUCAGGUAGCCUGUGGUGGAGGGCACACUGUGGUUCUCACAGAGACAGUUGUGUAUGCCUUUGGGCUGGGACAAUUUGGACAACUGGGCCUUGGCACUUUUCUUUUUGAAACAUCAGAACCCAAAAUCAUUGAGCGUAUUAAGGAUCAGAAAAUAACUUACAUUUCCUGUGGAGAAAAUCAUACAGCUUUGAUGACGGAUAUCGGCCUCAUGUACACUUUUGGAGAUGGCCGACAUGGAAAAUUAGGACUUGGAAUGGAGAAUUUUACCAAUCAGUUCUUUCCUACUUUGUGCUCUAAUUUUUUGAGAUUUACAGUUCAAUUGAUUGCCUGUGGUGGGUGUCAUAUGCUAGUUUUUGCCACCCCACGACUUGGUGCAAUAGAUGAAUCUGAGUUUGAAGAAGUAUAUGAGCCUUACCUAAGUACAUGUUCUUUGCCCAUCAGUGACCUCUCCCCAGGAACUCCACUGAAUAGAUCUUUAUCAGCACGCCUGCGGCGAAGAGAACGGGAGCGACCACCAGGUUCUGUUGCCAUGAUGGGAACGCUGCCUCCAUUAGAGGGGACUUCUGCCUCCGCAUCAGCUCCUUAUUUUCCCCCCACUUCAAUCCCUUUCCGUUUGUCUAUGAAUAACUACCCAGAGAAGAGCCCCGCUGAGUCUGUGGGGCCGCUGGACUCAGAUUAUUUUGAAGAUAAAAUGAACAAAGAGACAGAGACAGAAAAUUCUUCAGCAGUGGAGUCAGAAAACCUUGGUGAAACUACUGAUGUCUUAAAUAUGACACAUGUGAUGAACCUGAGUUCCAAUGAGAAGUCAUUAGAAUUUUCACCAAUUCAAAAACAACAGAAUCAAGACAUGGUUGAGAAAGUGAUGGAAAGUACACCUUGUACUGAAAAUGAUGAUAGUUAUGAAUAUGAAGAGAUGUCCAAAGUAAAAGAAGGGACAGUAUACAAACAAUAUUUAGCAAAAGGGAUCUUCAUGAUACGACCCCCCGAGAUUAUGGGAGCAUUUUCAGAAGAGGAAGUAGGUAAUGGCCUAGACCAGGCGGGGCCUCAGGUCAGCACUGAUGAAAAGGGUUUACAAAAAGAGGAUCUAGAACAGGAAAGUAUGGAAGAAAUAGCCCCUGAGAAGAGAACUGAGGUGGUGGACAUGGCAAGUGUGAAAGAUAGUAGUGAAGGAGAAGAGAAUGCCAAGUCAGAUGCCCUUUUUGAUGACUUCCAAGAUAAAGACAUGACUCCCGAGAGCGAAGAGAAUAAAGACACUGCUCAGGAGAGGAAGAGCGAUGAGCAGAAUUUGAUCUUCGACAGUGAAACAGAAGCGCUAGAAGAACCAGACAGUUACAUGGAAUAUGAAAGGCAGAGUCAGUCAGACAGAGCUGAGGAGGUGGAGCAGGCCAAGGCAGUAGAACCUGGUAGUGACGAGAAAGAUGACGAUGAGGUGGAAACUGAGCCCUGCCUCUGGUACAGCAGGAAGUGUGCCGAACAAGACAGCGACAGUGAGCCCAAGGCAGCCAGACUCGCUGCCAAAUACGAUAUUCAGCAUGACCACUUGUCAGGGAUCCCAGAGGAGCAGGAAGGCCCAGAGGACCCAGAGAGAGGUGCAGUAGGGGAGCAAGUGGUUCAGGUCCAAGAGGAAAAUGUGCAAGUGGAAGUAGAAAGGAAGGAGGAGGAAGCAGAAAGCCUGUCAGAUGCCAGUACAGAAAAAGAGAAUCAACAACUUUCAGAACCUGUGAAACCAGAACCAGAAGACAUUUAUAAGCAAAUUAGUGCCCCAAAUGUAGAAGACAUUGGAGAAGAAGAAAGGAAGGAAGAAGUGAAGGAAACUGGAGAAGAAGAAAGUUUACCUGAAGAUGGCCUUCCUAGGACAGAAGGCUCAGAAACCAUUGAUGCUAUCGAUGACAACCCAGAAGAAAUCACUAAAGAGGAAGACAGCAUCAGCCUGCUGCAACGGACCCUUUGUGAGUACAAUGAAAAUCCAAAAGGACACAUGUAUGAUCGUAUAAAGAGCAGUUCUUCAGAAAUUCUGGGAGGUAGUGAAUCAACAAAUAAAGACAUUAAAAAGUCUAAAAAGAUUUCCUUCUUUAAUCGGAUGUCAUUGACAGGUCAGAAAAUGAUGCAAAAUACUAAUGAUCCUCUCCCAGAGAUAAAGCCAAUAGGAGACCAAAUAGCCUUACAAAGUGAUAAGAAAGAUGCCAACCAGAACCACAUGGGUCAAAAUCUUCGGAAUACUGCAACACCAAGUAUGGAGGGAAAGUCCAAAUCCUGUACAAUACUAUAAAUGUAUGUUUAUGUUUCCGUGGUCACCGAGCACAUUUGUUCUUCAUACUUGAAAAAUGUUAUGACUUCUGAAGGAAAUUUCCUGAUAACACUGUUAAAAAAGAUAAAAUUAAUGUUUGGUUGGUUUGAACAGUAUGAACAGAUUUAAUAUUUAUUUAUACUAAUAUUAACGAGCAGUUUCCAAAAUACUUGUACCUCCGACCCUCCUUGAAGUGUUCUGGCCUUAACUGUUCAGUGUUGCACAAAACAGUAUAUUUUUAUAUUUGAAAGCUGAAUGAAGAUAUUUCAUAGUUUUGCUAACACAGUUAUCAUCCUUUGUAAUUUCCUAAGAUGAUGUUUACGAUCUUAAAACACUGGAACAGUUUUGAAUAUAUUUACAUCAUUUAAAGACAGGCAAAAUUAUGAUGAACUUACUUUAAUAAAUUAUAACUGAUUGGUUCUGCUGUUAAAAUGGAGAAGGUACUUGGACUUAUAGAGGGGCAAAAAAAUCUAAUUUUGAAAAUCAAAGGAGGAGGCUGCAGAAAUGGGGCAUUUGAUGCUCUUACACAGGACUGGAGUUUGGUUCCCAGCCCAGACAUAGGGUUUACAACUGCCCAUAACUCCAGUUCCAGGGGAUCUGAUGCCUGCUUCUGAUCCCUGCAGGUACCAGGCAGGCUCAUGAUACACAGACAUACAUGUAGGCAAAACAAUCUUAAAAAAAUAUUUUUUUUUAAUCAAAGGGCACAAAAUAUCUUUAACCCUUAACAAAGGUGUGUUGCCACCCUGAGACCCCCAAACAGUCCGGCUUGCUCAUUUCAGCUGUCUAGCCAUUUAAUGACACGGGCUGCCGCGUGACCUGAGCAACCACAAAGCUCUGAUUGGAGCUCUGCUUCCUUGCUUACACUGUGUGUUUUUAAAAACUGAAGGACACUCACGUCCUCCCUUGUAACUGAAACAUGUCACUCUUCAGCUACAGUGACCAUUGUCCUAUUUAAACAAAGAAAACAGAACCCUGUCUUUGUGUUUCUACCUACAGGGUAAAGACAGAGUAUUAAUCCAGAGUGGACAUGGCUUUAAAAUCCUAAAAGGUAGUUUUCUGACUGGAUAUUACACUUAGUAGAUUUCUUAUUUCAUUAAAGGCAAAUACAAUUUCAACACUUGGGUUGCUGAAGCUACAGUACCAGUACAAUAUUGCAAAAGUAUCUGAAACAUAAAGUGUAAAGCUGAGUGGAAGUAAAACUCAAAAAUGCUACUUAGACAUGCUGUUUGUAGUAGGUAGAAUUCUAAGGUGACUCCUGAGAUUGACGUGGGUGCCAAGUCUCUUGAAUAGUCCCUUCCCUCUGAGUCUGUGAUAGGAUGUCAGUCCCUUGCUUGUGUUACCAGGGCCUCUUACGAAGAUUCUGCAGAUGUAAUGAGAGUUCAGAGUCACUUGACCUUAAGUUAGACUUGCCAAAGGAGUUCAUCAGGUGAACUUCAUCAAAGAGUCCUGCGAGGUCAGAUACAGAAGCAGUCAGAACAGUUCAAAGGAACAGAGGUCCUGUUGUCCUGGAAAACACCGACCGCCAUAUUUGUGGAGAACACAUUAUACCAGAGUAUGGGACAGCCUCGGGGAUCUGAGCGCUUGUCAUUCUGCAAAGUUGGGAACGGAAUUCUGCCCCAAACCAGUGAGCCUAGGGGAGCAACACAGUUCUCAGAUGAGAUCCAAGCCCUGGCUGGCACAUGGCUGCAGCCUUUUGAGACUCUGAGCAGAAGACCCAGCAGAGCAGUGCUCACACUCCUGAUCAUCAAAAAUCAGGAGACAAUAGGUACAUGUCAGGAGUUUUCAUCUACUCAACUUGUGGUGACUUUCUUUAAAAUUUUUAUAUUUACUCUGUGUGUGUGUGUGUGUGUGUGUGUGUGUGUGUGUGUGUGUGUGUGUGUGUGUGUAAACUUAGAAAGGGCUAAACCAUAGUUACAUACAAAAUUUGGCCAGUCAGCCUGUGAUCUCUGAUUGUUUUUUGUUUUUUGUUUUUUUCUUCUGUGUUUUAAGUGAAGUACAUUGCUUUGGUAAGAGAAGAUAAGUUUAUAAGGAAAUCAUGUUGAAAUAAUUAGGCCUUAGAUUUAUCUUGGAUAUAAUAAUCACUAAUUUGACAUUAAGUUUGAAUUAGGAAAUUAUAAUGUAAUAACUAACUAGAAAAAUUAUGAUUCACCUGCAAUAAUUUCAAAUUUUUCAAUGCAUAAUAUGUAUUGUGAGUUCCUGGCCAGUCAGGACUGUAUACAUAUAGUGAUACCCCACUCCAUACCAAACAAAAGGAAGCAAACGAAGAAGCUACACGUACAAAUUCUCUCCAACAUGACUGCCCAAUGUGAGCUAAACAAGGAUGACAUCAGUGAACAUGGCAGACUGGAAGGAGAAAAGCCUGUGAGGCCUCAGCCCUGCACAAAGUACUGUAGACAACUGAGGAACACUGGGAGUGAGAGAGGUGGCCUUCCCCAGGGAAGAACAGCACAACAGCACACCAAUUGGUUGUUUGGUGCCAAACAGUGAGCCCUGAAAACACAUACAGGUAGCAUUAUACGGACUGAGCAGGGUGUAUUUAGUUAUUUAUAUAUAUAUGUAUAUAUAUAUAUAUAUAUAUAUAUAUAUAUAUAUAAAUGCAUGCAAUAACAAUUAGUAGACAAAGAGGCCAUGAAUUUGCAGGAGAGUGGGGAGGGGUAUAUGGGAGGGCUUAGAAGGAGGAAAGGGAAGAAGGGAAGGGAGAAAUAUUGUAAUUAAAUUAUGAUCUCAAAAAUGAAAUAAAAUUUUUAAAAAUCAAGAAAACAAUGUAUUGACUUUUAAAUGUGCUAAAACAACUGCUAAACUAAAAUUCUAUAGAGAAAAUUUGUUUCAUAAAUGUGAAUAGAGACAUUUUAAGAUAAAAGGUGAGAUUUAUCUAUAGCAAGUUCACACUAAAGUGAUAAUAGAUAUUCUUGUGCUCCCAAGGAGGAUUAAUGCCCUUCCCCAGAGGACGUUAGCAACACCUGAGAAGGCAGAGAGAGGAAGAUGCUCUGCAUCCGCUGAGUACUGGUGGAGAUGCUGCAAAGCAGCCCACCCCAAACACAAUUCUCUCCAAAACAUCAAUAAUACUCACAUUUCAAAUAACCUGUCCUAGUGAAAACAAGUCAGGUUACCACAGAAAACAUUUAAAUAUUUUAUAGUUGCUUCAUUCACAAUUCCCAGACCCAGAGAGGACCCAACGACCUUCAACAGUGGAUGAAAAGCAAAAUGUAGCAGGUCCAUAGAACAGAAUACUUCCUUAUAAAAAGACAUACACUUGCUAUAUGCACCCACCCAUUCAAGUGAAUAUGAAAAGUAUGCUGGCCUAAAGAAACCUGUCUCCACGGGUUACCUACUAUAUGAUUCUGUUUCUGUGGUGUUAUCCCAGAUACAAAACUGUAACAAUGAGAAACAAACCCAUGAUUAAAGGGGGCUAAAGGUGAGACUUCAAAGAGCACUGGACAGUAUUUUGGUGAAACUGGUCCCUAUUCUGACCUGGCUGGUUACUGUAUGAAACUAAAAUGUGUGUAGUUUGUAAAACUAUAAAGCUAAACUGGUCCAUGGGAUUACAUGUUGAUUUAAAAAUCUAUAAAACAAAUAACUCAAUUCAGUAAAGUAAAUCAAAUGGAUCCAAAGCAAUGAGGAAAGAGCCAUUAAACUUACAGAAGUGACAAGCAUCUAGGCCUUGCUUGAUUCUGAUCCAGUAGGUCAAAUGAAGUCAUUUAGGGAAUGUGAUCUUUGCAUUAGCUUCUUCUGAUGCAGCAAUGUGAAUAAAGAAUCACCAUGAGCUUACAGAAUGAUGUGUCUCACAAGCUGACUCCUACUACUAAUAACGAAGUGUCCACGUUAUUUCCCAUGAAAAACAAUUGUUGCAUUAAUAUAUGUUGUUUAGAUGCUGUAACAAAGUAUUUCCAAAUCUGAGUUGUUUAACAUUGUAAAAUUUAAAAUGUGGGAUAUCAUAAUUCACCAAAGGUAAGAGCAUGGCGUUGUUAUUCAGGAACCUGGACUCUGAUCAUCCAGUAACUUUGGCAUUUUAAUUGAGCUUAAUCUACAGGCCUGAAAAUAGCAUGUGUACUUUUGUCCACAUUCCAUGGAAAUGUACCCAAUAUUCUGCAUGGAAACUCAGAAAAUGUAGACUCAUUUGUGAGUUCAGGAAGACAAGAAAAAUGUCAUAAUUAAAUAUUCUUACUGUAUGUGUCAGUGAAAAGUGAAUUCAUGCACUUUCACAAUAAGCUGAAUAAAGUAGUACAAAGUU